AUGCACGAAUUUGGGGCGCUUGAUUUUGGUGAGAGGUGUGGGCGUAUCGCGGAGGAGCACGGUUAUGGGGGAGUGAAGGUGCGCAAUUCGUUGAUUGCGAUGUACUCGAGGUGCGGGUGUGUGGAUAAGGCAUACUGUGGUGUUACGUGGGACUCCUCGGAAGAGUGUGGUCACAUGGAGCGCAAUGAUCUCGGGGUUGGCAAAGCAAAUGGCUUUGUUGGGGAAUGGAGCAAGGUAUCCGAAGUCGGGAAGUUGAUGCGGGAAAAGGAAUACAAACUACUCCAGCGGCUGCAUCGAUUGUGGAGCAUAAUGGUGAGGUUCAUGAGUUUAUUGCGAGAUGAUGAUGCACAUCCAAGGAAGGUGGAGAUUUAUGAAAAGCUCAAUGAGAUAAAUAAGCGAUUAAGGAUUCUUUGGUUAUGUUCCAAAUGUGUCAUCGAGUUGCAUGAUUUGGAUUACGAAGGAAGGAAAGUGCCCUCACCUAUCACGUGUGAAAAGUUGGCAAUUGCUUUUGCUUUGCUUGUUACACCUUAG